UGAAGGUUCACGACAGUGAUUUCACCUUUUCCCAGCUGGGUCUCAGGGACGUGGCGGAUGGACCGCAGGGAGUGGGAAGGAUAGCAGAGGGCCAGCUAGCAAAUCUCGCUUGCCUCCGAAUUUGGUUUGCCGCUGCGAGCUCGGAAGUGAGCGGCCGUUGGUUGCGCUCCGUCGAAGAGGCGAAAAGGCUGCAGGAGCUUGAGCUGCAGAAUCAGCAGAGAAAGGACGAUAGAGCGGCGAGAACCCUCGUGGUCGACGCUACGCUUGCUCCAACCGAAGGUGUGCCGCCCGCUUUGAAUGGGGCACAGCCUGCCGGGUCUCAGACCAACAAUGCCCGAGUGCCUACGCCAGAAGCUUCAGAGGCAAAGGCCGCAUGCACUGGUCGCUUUUGCCAAGAAUGCCUCUUCUGCGAACUACGUGGAGCGAGGACGAGCUGCCACGCAUCAAAAGACGGGACAAGCCCGAGUGGCGGAUGAUGGCUGGGGAGACUUUUCGCUCUCACAGACGGCGGAACAGCUGGAGAGGGAGCAGGAACUGCUUGAUGCCGAAGCUGCUGCUGCUGCCAACGCCACUACUCAGCCUCAAGCCGAAUCUGCCGAGCUGUCACAGAGCUCUCCGCCAACGUAUGGCUUGUCUGGGUUUCAAGCGAAGCAAGCGCACGCGGCUGGAACGAAUGUUCCUCCUCAGGGAGUCACCGCAACGUGGCACUCGAGCACGGAUUCGGACAAGGUACCAUCAUCUCCUGACCCCAAGAAUGCAGCUGGUCUGCCUUUCGUGGACAAGAGCGUUCAAAAGGACUCUUUGGAUGCGACGGGAUCAACGGGUGUGACGGAUUUGAUGGAAGCUGCCGCGCAGGCUAGUGCAGAAGCUCGUCUCGGCAAUCGUCAGCGGGAUCAAGCACGGAGAGGGAUCGACGCCGCAGCGAGCUCUUCGUCCAGAUCCGUAAUCACCCACUCGGACUCUCAGGAUGCUAGCCGAUCUGAUCUGGCGCUCGAAACGCUGCCCGAAUCGAUGGAGCGCUUAUCUGCGCGUCGCGCGCCAAAGCGAAGCACCUUUAUUCCAAUGUCCGACUUUGGCGAUUCUGACGUCGAGAUGGAUGAUCAAGAUGCCAGUCCCGAGCAAAGACAGCCAGAAGCGGCUGGAGUGCGUCGUGGUCAUUCGAGCGAAAACUUGUCGCACCUCAGCCCUUCGGCUCCCUCAAUUCCCGAGGGAAUGUCUCUGCCAUUCUUGUUCCCAUCCACCAGCUCCCUUUCUUCUUCUUCUCACCUAGUUGGAGAGUCGAGCGCCAGCAAUGGACAGAGUGGACCCGCUCCAUCAAUGGGGGAAUCCUGCACGCUAUCUAGCACUUCGAACGGAUCCAUUGGGAAGCAUGACGAGCGUCAAAAUGCUCCGACAGGAUAUGCAUCGAUUCCAAGAUUUGAGACUGCUACACCGCCCAUGCCAGAACCCGCGCAUAUCACGCAUGAAGCAUCUGUGCCGAAUGAGCUGGGUAGUGAAGAAGCAUCCCGAUCGAAAUCCCAUCCACCGCCGUACCGCUUCAAAAGACCACCCGCGCCGCCCACCUCCCCGUCAAAGGUUUCUCUGAGACGUAUCAUGCGCCGAGAGCAGCCUCCUCGGCCAGUCGGGAGCACGAGCGGAUCAGUACAGCUCCACAAGUCCGCAGACGCAUCGCGUCCAUCGAGCUCAAAGACGGCGGCGGACGGAAAUGAUGAAUCGGAAGGGGCGCACAAAAGGCUGACGGGAGCACAUGUCACCACAGCCGCGCCUGCGCACAAAGCGGAUCAGGCGCGCUCAUCUGAGAAUUUGCUCGCCGAGAAGCCGAAGCCGAUUGCCCGAGUAGCAGAUCAGCAUGAGGAAAAGUCGAUCGAGAAGAAGCUGACGGCCAAACGCAAGGCGGAGAGGAAAGAGGCGGCGAGAAAGCGCUACGAGAUGAGAAUGGCCAUGAUAGAGGAUUGAGCCUUUGGCUGUGCUGAGUUCAGUCGAUGGGAUGCCAUUCCGUUCGCAGCGAUCCGAUCAAAUGCGGGUAAGGGAUGACCUUGUACACUACUAUCACUUUUACCUUCUUUGCACGUCUGCACAGCCGCAGUUGUACAAAGCUGUCCCAUCACGGACGA